AUGUCUGCUAUGGAACUAGAAGAACUGCUACGAAAAGCACUAUCAUCACACGGCAAACAAGACACCGUGCCAGAGUCACUCAAGGUCAAGAAGCCACUUGAAGCAACCACGUAUAUGGUAUCUAUUCUAGAUCUUUUACGCGAUGGUAAAGACAUUCCCAAAGACUUUCACGAAUGGAUGGCGGUCGAUUGUAAUAGUCCCCCGAGUAAUUAUGGAUAUGAUGGAUCAGGACUACUUGCUGACCUUCAGUCCAUCGUUGAUGCCAGUACUCCCAUGGUCGACCUGAUCACUGCUCGGAUCAAAACAGUGCUGCUUGUCUUACAGCAAGACAAGGUGUUUUUGUCAACGACCAGCAGUAGCGGAUACAUUACGAUUAUGCAGAAUGAAGGCAAAAAAAUAUCCUUUCCAACCAGCAGUAAAUCAACAAAGAACAGCGUUUGGGUAUUCGAUUGUAUGGCUACGAUGGCAUGCAUCUUGCGCAUUACCCGCACAUUAAACAUUGUUUAUACACGGCAUCUGUUCCAGCGAAGACACAUUGUAAAAAAGGCGUAUUAUCACACGGACCCUUGUAUGCUCAAUAAUCCAGCAAAGAAACGCUCCUGGCAUAAGACGCACUAUAUGCUCAUAGGCGCCCGGUAUUAUGUGCACCUUGUACGAGAGUUUGGUAUUGCCAUAGUUUGCUUGCCAACAAUAUUCAAUCCACAAAACUUGAGCAAGAUACCAGAAAAAAGAUUCGUGCACAUUAUCAACUCGAUUGACAAAAAGUCGCUCAAGUACAAACUCGAGUCUUUGCUUGAUCCUUUCCAUCCCGUCAUCCCGCUUAUAAUCAAGGAGAUAUUCUGCUUUGCACAACAAAUAGGCGACGAGCUCGAUUUGGAUACACUACGACUACCACAGAAUAUUGAAGAGUUUAUAAUGUCAAGCGAAUAA